CUAUAUGGCACAUUUGGUUACCCACUGAGAGCCCAUCAAUGGACUUGGAAGCUAAGGAUGAAGAGGAGGAGAGUCUACAAACAGCAUUCAAAAAGCUGAGAGUGGAUGCAGCAGGAUGUAUUGCAGCUCUGUCUGUGGGCGAUGGGACGGUUCUCAGGACAACGGCAAGAGCAGCUGUGGAUGGAGCCAAGCAACAGACUGUCUGCUCCAAGGAAGCAUGGCAUGGGUGUGUGAGAAAACCUUCCCGAGGAUCCACAAGAGUCCCACGUCGCCGACGCUCCAAGUCUCCUGUCCUGCAUCCUCCCAAGUUUACAUACUGCAACACGAAAGCCAACAACCAGCUGAAACAUAAAGCCCAGGCAGACACAUCGAAGGGUAUGAUCAGCUCAGACGUUUUUGCCACAGCAGAGCACGGUACGAAGGACAGGCAGGAUUCCGGCGACAGAACUGACCCGCUGGAAGCUUUCACCGCCGAAGAGCCUUUGGAGAAGUCGAGAGAGAACUGCCCUGCUCUCUCCUCAUCCUUUGAAACGAGCUUGCAUUCUAGCCAAACCUCAGAUUUCCAGUCCUUAUCCAUGCUUAGCAGCGGCAAGCAGUGCCCUUGUACGGACAAGAAGUGCCAGUGCAAGCAGUGGCGAACCAUGGAAGUGUAUUCCUUCUCCGGCUUACGGAGCGUCCUGUCGGAGUGCGAGAAGGCAGUCCUGGGAGUCCAUGCCCACUCUCUCCAAAACAGAGCCCCUUGUGGGACAGCCUCAUCAAGCUCUCCUAGAUCUUGUUCUGAGCAAGCUCGAGCCUUUGUGGAUGACGUGACUAUUGAAGACCUGUCGGGAUACAUGGAAUACUACUUAUAUAUUCCCAAGAAAAUGUCUCACAUGGCAGAAAUGAUGUAUACUUGA